AAUAAGUGUCGGUUUGUAGUCAUGACAGUGAUAUCGGCGUGUUGAACGCGUCAUCCAGUUAUAGAAGGAAAAGGAAGCAGAAAUAACGAAGAAGAGGGAGAUGAGGAUGGUGAUACCCACGGACCCGAUGCUAUGGCACAAGGUGGCCGCCGUCUCCGGGGUUGCUGCUCUUGGACUUGGCACCUAUGGAGCUCACAUGUUCCGCCCCCAGAACCCUAGAUACAAAGAGAUUUGGCAGACCGCGUCCCUCUACCAUCUCGUCCACACCGCGGCGCUGGUCGGGGCUCCCAUCACUAAGCGCCCCAAUAUUUUCGGAGGGCUUCUUACUACUGGAAUUGUGCUCUUCUCUGGAACGUGCUACACUGUGGCUUACCUUGAAGACAGGAAGUUCUCUUCACCGGCACCAAUUGGUGGCUUUGCAUUCAUUGCUGCUUGGGCCAGUCUGCUCUUCUGAUUGUAUCGUGUUUUUAGCCAGUGAAAACCAUGUCCAGUUACUCGAGGUUUUGUAUUUGGUGCUUUAUUAAGUCAUGCAGUUGUACUGAUAUGACUUACAUCUGCAUCAUGUCCUUUGGAGAAGAAGAAUAAAAAUAAAAAUAGCUCCCCUUGAUGUUUCAUGCUUCCUCAUUUCUAUAUGUGCUUACAAUCUGAUCAAUCAGUCAUUCCACUGAA